AUGUCGAAAGCCCGGGAGCCCGUCUCCUCUGAAACCUCUUCUUACGACGAUUCCUCGUCUGAAUCUGAGACCGAACAGAUCCGGAAGUCUUCCGCACCGCCGGCUUCCGCCAGGAAACCCCAAACACCUUCUGCCACAAAACCCGCCCAACCCGACGAGGAUUCUGGAUCCGGAUCCGAAUCCGAAUCCGAAUCCGACAUAAAGACCAGUAAACAAACCAAAGCCACAGGCAAGGACAAGGCCGCCGCGGCCUCUGCUUCACCGGCCAGAUCUACAAAAAAGAGAGCCGUCGAGGAGCUAAAGGGGACAGAGACUACUGUCACGAAGAAGCAAAAGAACAGCAAGAAGGCUGAACCCGAGGCAUCCCAGAAGAAAAAAAUGUUCCAGAGGAUAUGGAGCGACGCGGACGAGAUUGCCGUCCUCAAGGGAAUUAUGCAGUUUAGGGCUGAGAAGAAAUCCGACCCCUAUGGUAAUUUUGACACAUUUUUUGAGUUCAUCAAGAAAAAAUUGCACAUUGACGUGACGAAGAAGCAGCUGAGGGAUAAAAUGUUUAGGAUGAAAAAAAAGUACACAAACAACAAGAGUAAGGAGGAGGAAGGUAAAGGAAGAACCUUUGCGAGCCAGCAUGAGGAGGAAGCCUACGAUCUGUCGAACAAAGUGUGGGGGGCUGAGAAAGACAACUGGGUCGAAAAAGCCGAUGGCAGCGGGGAUGAGAAAGAAGAAGGGGUCGAAAAAGGCAGUGGCAGCGGGGCGGACACCAAUAAUAUUAAGGAGGGGGCUGAGAAAGAGGAAGGGGUCAAAAAAGCCAAUGACAGCGGGGCGGACAUCAAUAAUAUCGAGGAUGAAGAAGCAUUGAAGAAGCUCGAGAUUGAAGAGAUGGAGGUUUAUAUGAGGCAUUUUGAAGUCAAGGUUGAACAGGCAAAGCUUCUUUUGCAGGUCAUGAAGUCGCAGGUCCAUUGA